AUGUACCCUAUCGAAAUUACUGCAACCUUGGAACAGGAUUCCCACGCCAUAAAGGACUCUAGGGUAUACCAAUAUUCUGACAUCCCUAGCGGCUGGGCAGCUCCAAAAGCGACAUUUUACACCUUAAGCAAGGCUGCUUCGACUCUUCUAGCCAAGAUUAAGCUUGUUGGGCACUCAUGCGACCUGACCGUUAUGUGUCUUGCCGCUGUGGGCAUAAUCCAGGCUAUUAUCAACCUGCGGUCUGCAGAACACGAUGAAUUUGCGACACCCAAUUGCCAUAUUAUGGCUCAGGUCGCUCCUUGUGACCGUGUAACCCUGAGUUUUGACUUCAUACUGUUGACAAACAUCACGCCUUGUUCAAUCAUUCUCUAA